GCCCAACCUCGAAAGUUCCCCUCAGCCUAGUGGGCAUAGAUGAAGUGCAACACAGCAUCGGUUACUCUAUUCUCAAAGCCACAUAUAUCGGAUAUAUCGUACAAAAACCCCAGAUCCUUUGUCGAACCUCAGUCAUCUAGCCGCGGAGGGUACGGGCAUCAUGGCUCUCAAAGGGCCGGGUGACCCAUCCUCGAUCGCCAACCAUGUCCAAGCCUGUUUUAAUGGCUUCCAAAUAGUCUACAAUGGUCUUGUGAAUGCAGAGUUACACAUCAAAGGCAAACUGCCUCCUGGAGUUGUCAAUGAUGAGGUUGGCCGGUUUCGACUAUGGUGCGGAAACAUUGGAGCACAUCGCAGUGGCAGAAGCUCCCUCGACCACAGACUUCGUGAAGCCUCCCAUAUACGGGAUCAGGUGCUUGAACUUUUGCGGGAUCUGAUUACAGUCUUGCAGGAAGCGACCGACAUCAUCACCGGAGAACGCGUUUCUUGGGAAGAUUUGUCAGAUUCAGAAUCAGACCUCUCGGAGGAUGGCCACGAACCGGAGCAAGACCGAUCGACGACAGAACUUGGGCAACUCGUAUCCAACGUGGCUGAGAUCAAUACUUGUCUCAUGCGACUUUCAAUGGCGAUACGCAAUCCAGCACCCCAUGACCAAUUCAACAAUUCCAGUCAGAUCGAUGUCGCUCACUAUGAAUCCUUCGACAUUGAGCAUGUACGAGGCAAAUUCCCGGACGCAAGUGAGCAUUUGAUAGACCGACUAGGCAAAGCGAUCUCUCGCCGACGUCAGUAUCUUCGGUACCGUCAGGAACAUAGAGAAAGGCUCGCCUAUGAUUUGGAAGAACAGCCACAAGAGAUCGCAAUAAAAUAUCGUACUACCGUUACCGCACCAUCAACAAAGAUCAAGAGUACUGUGGCGUCGUCAAUUCCAAUAGUUGUUAAGGCUAGCAACUCUGUCAUUGAGUUAAGCCACAACCACUUUUACGAGGAUGUUCUAUCGCAAACGUCCUAUGCAUCUUCGGCAAAUGAUUCGAUCAGAUUACGGCCCCCGCAGCUACCAACAGAUGGUCAAGAUGGCGACCCCUUCGAGUGUCCCCUAUGUUUUCGGUUCACCUCUGUCAGACAAGUGACUGCUUGGCACAAACAUGUCUAUCGAGAUCUUCAGCCUUAUAUAUGUACGUUCGAGGCCUGCGAGAUCCCAGACCGUAUGUACGAGUCAAGACACGAGUGGUUCAACCAUGAGCUGCAAGCACAUCGAACAUGGUGGGAAUGUAUUGAGGGAUGUAACCAACCUUUUCAGUCGCCAGACAGCUUUCGCGAACAUACAUGGCACGAACACACCGACCUAGCAAGUGAAGAACGCAUAUCCGAUCUUAUGCGGAGUUGCGAAAGAAAGGCCCAAGUAGAGACAGAAGUGGACUGUGCGCUAUGUCAACAAAAGCUUCCCUCGCUCAACCAGUUGUGUCGCCAUUUGGCGAAGCAUCACGAAGAACUCUCUCUGUUCGCGUUGCCUUCGCAUAUGAAAGAGGACCUUCCAGUGAGCGAUGACGAAGAAGACAAUGCCGAUUCAAUAUCUUUGCCCAGUGCCACUGAUAACGAAUGGACGGCACCCCCUUUACCUGUCAUCUGCUCGUCUUGUCACUUGGUGAUUGGAGGUGAGAGCGAGAAGAAGCUGACAGCUCUUACCAAACAUAUCAGGGAAGCUCAUUCGCUAUUAGUUGAGAACAGUUCUCCGAUCGGCAGCGGAUCUGAACUGUUCAUCAGGGCUAGAGGGUUGCUGGAUCGAUCACCAUCUACUGUGGACUCUAUUGAUGAUAAGGAAAUCAUGUCAAGCCUGCUCGGCUCAGAUCUGAAGCAACGCUUUGGUAUCUACUUCAAUACUUGGGCUGAUUUGAAAAGGUGGACCAUUGAUAGUCUCAGUGCAUCGCGGUCUUCCGAGGAAAUUGAGCACCUCAGGCUACUUCAAGCUGUGCAUUACCUACUCAUUUCUGUAUAUCCAUAUAAUAGACGCCUGGAAGGAGGCGGCGUGGACGUACAGAUUUUUGAUCGACGCCCAGGUCAAAGUGCCUCAUUCUUCACGGGUCAGAUGUUUUUACAACUCGAAUCUCUGGAACUGCACAUACCCUCUUUGGGAGAAACAUGGGGCAUCAACUAUACCGAUAUGAAUUCUCCUCGAAUUUCCGAUGAGAUCGACGUAUAUACGUCAGUGUUCCUGCGUGGACCGGGAACUGCUAAGCCAUGGAUGAGUAAACUGACGAUCACUCCAUCUGAUGUAAGCGACAUGGAAGAUAUAGUAAGAGCAUUGUUGGAAAAAGGCGUGGUACUCGAUCAACACCUUUCAGAUGCCAACUAUGUUUCUGAGAACAUGACACCAUUCAAUAAUCUGCCGUCCGUUUCAUACCAUGUUGAUGGACAUGGACUUCCGCGCACCUCACAAACCAUGCCACAUUCUGUGACUACAAAGCCGCAGAAAAAGCCAACCCGCUUUACAAGACCUUGGAAAAGAAGCCAAGCGGAUUGGGGGGACAUUUGAGCUGAACAUGCGUCUGAGUUUGCCAUACUGCCUCGAAAAAAUACAACAGUACCCGCUGAGGGCCCAGAGCUCUUCGAAGAAGAAUUUGCCAACUCAAACUUGGACGGUUAUACAGAAGAACUCUUUUCUCCAGAUGCACACGAGGAAGGAGAGGACGAAGAUUUGUGACCAGAUCGAUGGCGG